CGUGUAUGUACAAACAAAUAUUUUUUUGAAAUUUCCGUUCAAUAAUUACGUUUAUUGUUUAUGGCAAGAGUAAUCGCCUGUCAUAUUAAAUGUCACGAGUGGAUUGAUAUUUUUCUAAUACAAACCUAUUAUUUCUAAACACAUUGUGAUGUAUAAUUUUACCAUAAAAGUAAGUGGUAAAAAUGUGUCUUAAAUAAAUAAAGUGAAAAUUGUGAAGACACAAUGGAUGGUGGUGAUAGGAUUCUUGUGGCCGCUGGUCUAACUGCGGCAGUGGUGGUUGGAGCAUUCGUUUUAUGGGGUCCCGGAGGAGCUCCCAAAGUUCGAAAGCGCCGAGGACAGAUCGCUGGACUUCAGAAUUUAGGAAGAACUUGCUUUCUAAAUACAUUAUUGCAAGCACUGGCUGCCUGUCCUACUUUCAUAGACUGGCUAAAAAAAUACGCGAAGGCCGAUGGACAUAACAGUAUGAUUACUACUCUCUACACUGUAAUUGAAGUGGUGAAUGGUACCCACGAGUCCGCCCGCGGGACCCCUGUCUGUCCUCUGGGAGUGCUGCAGUCACUGCGUGCGGCCGGCUGGGUGGUGCCAGCCGACCAGCAAGAUGCUCAUGAGCUGUUACAUGUUCUGUUAUCUUGCAUUGAAGAGGAAACAACCGCUAUGUCUAAGAAGCCUGGCUGUCUCUCUGAUGCGCUGGGUCUGGGCGGUGGUCGCGCGUGGUCCGCACUGGCGUCCCCGGCGUCCCCGCCUGCGGCGCCCCUUUCCCUGAGGGACGACGGAGCCCCGCCCCGGCCCGCCCGCCCGGCCUCCGCCGCCCCUGGCGGGGAACCCGACCUUCAAGACCCAGGUCCAUCUCCCGUGCGAUCCUCCGGCCGCCUGUGUAAGGGUGUGUCUCGGUCGUUCUGUCACCUCAGCUCGGUGGGUCGUCGCUGGGCGGCGGCGCCCGCCCGCCCCGCGCCGCAGCCCCCCACCCGUGGGACCCUCGCCACCCGCACGCAUUGCACCGUGUGCUCCACUAAGAGCCCCGUGAGGUACGACAAGUUCGACAGUAUAUCUCUGUCGAUGGCCAACGCCAGCACCGGCCUGACCGGCGGCUUCAGCUUAUCCGGUCUGCUGAGAGCGUUCACGGCCCCGGAGAUGGUGUCGGGCGUGAGGUGUGACAAGUGCUGCCCGGGAGGCGAGGAACGGGGAGCCGUGUCGCCCGCCACACAACACGCCUACACCAAGCACAUACGGACGGUCGGCUUCGGGAAGCUGCCGCCGUGCCUGGUGCUGCAGGUGGCGCGGGUGGAGUGGCGCUGCGGGGCUCCGGCCAAGCGAGCCGACCACGUGGCCUUCCCGGAGACGCUGCCCAUGGCGCCCUACACCACCGCGCCCAAACCGCAAGUAAGGCCGCCCGUAUGACGAGGGUCGCCUCCGCGGCGGGCUGUCCGUGCUGAACGCGACGAGCCCCCGGCCGACGACCGAGCCCUGUACCGCCUGUGUGCGGUGGUAGUGCACGUGGGAGGACCUCGCAGCGGACACUUCGCCACGUACAGGAGGGGGAACGGCUUCGAGAGCAAACGGUGGUGGUACACAUCUGACACGUUGGUGCACGAGGUGUCUUUGGCGGAGGUGCUCCGCUGCUCGGCCUACAUGCUGUUCUACGAGCGACUGGCGCCGCCGCCGCCGCCUCUCACCACGCACUUCUAACACACCAGAGCUGAGAGAUUCGUUUGUCUCGACACUUGACUACCACACUAGAUGUAUCCACACGCUUGGUGUAUCAACAGAUAGAUAAAACAUUUACUUACCUGUAAUGUUUAUUUGUUUAAGUUGAGAAGAUUACAGAGCACUACUGAAGUAGAUCAGACCGUACACAGUCAUAGGACGGUUCCUCUGUUUACAAUCCUUAGGGUUGUGCGAUGCGUACUAUUAGUGAUAGAUAUUCACAUGAAUGACGUCAUCACCGUUAUUAUAUAUUACAUAAAGUUUGUACAUAUGUCCUGGAGAUAUAUAACGAAGGUGUAUAUAGGAUAUCACUUGAAAAUUGUUUCUAAAUGUUACAGUACCUUUUAGGAAUCUUCAGCUGCUUCAUAGAGUUGCAGAUGUUUUGUCUAAACUCUUCACGCAGCCUUAUGUUCCAUUUGAAGAACAAAUUUUAUUAAAAAUUCUUCUCUUAACCAUAUUUUGAAAUUGUCUUAAUAGUGCACCACAUACAUUGAAUUACUCGUUAAUGAGAAUAAAAGCUAUUGAGGAGUCAAAAGAGGUGAGGAAGAGGUGUUGUGAUUAGUCUAGUUAAUAUAACAGUUAAAUUUAUUUAUAAAUUUUACUUGAAACAUUGCUGUGCUCAAAAUUUUAUUAUUAUAUUAGUAAAUUGAAUAAUAAAAAUAUAUAUUUUCUAUUGAAGCAUAAUCUGAAUUGUCUUCUUUAAAGUCACUGAAAGUUUCUCAUAAAAUAUUAAGAGAUAAAAGCUUGACUUAAUUAUAAAGGAACGUUGCCAUAUGAUGAAGAGGCUGCUUAGAGGGAUAGGUGGGACCGAGGUGGUGACCGUGCGCCGGUAGCUUUAUAGAUAUAUAUAUGACAUUGUGUUUGAUGUAAACACUUUAUGGUCCGGUUAUUGGAUUUUGAAUACCAAAAUGUUAUACAAAAUUGAUAAAGUUAAUCGAUUACGGGUAUGAUGCAUAUUAGGUUCACUAUUGUAUGUUUUCUAUUCAAUAGUUAUUUUUAAUUAUGAUCGAAUUCUGCUGUAGUUUUUACUAAACAUAUUCAAUACUAUACAAGCAAGAAAUAAUGCUCUGAUAAUAAAUAAAAAUUUAUACUUAUUCUAUUUUAAUGUGUCAUAUUUUAAAAUAAUAGUGUCCACACCAAUAUUCGUGCAUUUUGUAAGUAACCUUUUCGGAAAAGAUUGAGUUAGGUCUUUAGCAAUCAUGAAAUGCUACAACACAAUUAAAAUAUUAACAACAAAUACUGAAAUGUCACUUAACCAAAAAUAUUUUUUAUUAUUAGUUUAAUAUUAAUUAUGUAGUUUUCAGUACUUCUGGUACAGUUGAGUAUUGUUCGUUAAAGUGUAGCUGGAACACAUGUGACUUCUUCUGUGGUUAACUUCAACAAAUACAUGUGUGUUAUGUAUUUUGGUUUCUAUAUGUGAGCGUGAAUGACUUCCAAUAAACUCGUGUCAAUGUAGAUAGUUUGAAACAUUACAUGUAAUUAUUUAAAAUAAAUAUUUAAGAAUA